GACUAGAAUAAAUGGUCUAAAUCCAGUCGUUAUGGCAAGCGCCGCACAAACACAGCUUCCACAGGUCGUCAACUGCCACUCUCUUGUCCCAUACUCCUGUCGACAUCCCUACUCAUGAAUAUUUACGCGAAGUGGUGGAGAUGGCAGCAAAGGAAUUGGGUCACAAGUUCAUUACAGGGUAGAAUAUCCAACGCGUGUUUAAGUGAAAGAUUAAACAAUUGAUGCUUCCAAGCACGAUGCAUGUUCCCACGGCCAGCAGAACUCGGUACCAGCUGCCAAAUUUCCUUGGACUUGCUAGAAUAUAUCAAACAUAUGAGAAUUUCAAACGAAGUUGAAAAAAAAAAGCUCUGGGUGAGAUAUUGAAUCACAACCACGACUUCUGGCAAGUUCCAGAAUCUGAAGGUGGUCAGCGGCAAAUUAUUGAUAAUUACAUGGUCUAUGAUCAAGCCCGCCUCGAAUGAUUGAUCUUUGCCGGUCGCCAGUCCUACUCGGCUGGCGAUCCUUUCUAUUCAACAAUAAUUUGGGGCAAUCUGGCGCUUUAUUCUGUGUGCCCAGAAUCGAUUCUCUGAUUUCGAAGAGGAGGGGGAGGAAGUUGUUAUUUUGAUACCAAGCCAACACCAUUUUUUCAGUCGACCUCGCAAUUGCUGAAGUGAUGUAUGGUGAGUUGGCACAAUUCAUCAGCAACGCUGCUUUGUUGUAACUAACAGCCAUCACGUAAUGGCCUGCAUUGACCUUCAAGCAGCGUUGAAUCUCGUAAGCAAAGACCCUAACAUCCGUCUAAGUUCCGUGCUACACCUACACCCAUUUACUCCCUUUCUUAUCGUUCAGGAACCUUUCGUUAAUAUUGCGAGUACUCUUGUCCUUUGUAUAUUCCGUUCGCCUUAGAUAAUCUAGAAAGUUCGUGGUCAAGAAUCAUACAUUCCACUAACUGUCGACCCACCAUGGUAGACCCGGCCAAUCCUCCUUCAAACGCAGAAGCUAGAGAUACCGAACCUCCCGAAGUACCAGUCACAGAGCAGAGAGAGCUUGAGCAGUACGCUGUGAGUUCCAGCUAUUCUAAGUAUGUGACUCAAGAACUUAUGGAAUUCCGUGCAGUGCGACCAUUGUAAACGGAGAAAGGUUGGUCCUACUACCACACAUCAUUCUUGACAAAUUUAAAUCUGAUCCCCUUUAGCUCAAAUGCUCCCGAGAGAAACCAAAAUGUUUGAAUUGCCGGGGAUGGUCGGGUCCAUGCACUUACUCCCGCCGCGGGAGAAUACCAAGACGAGCAAGGAUGAAGUAAGUCUAAGGUCACCACAUUCAUUACCGUAUGACUGACGAGUAGUGAAAGCAUCAUACGAGAGGGUGACCAAAAUUCUAUAGAUCGGAAUUGCCCAGAUGUUCUUGAAUGCAAUGGUCAUAUUUUGAUCACUGAUCAGGGCCCCGCUUCUUCGAGGUCAUCAAAAGAUGAUGGCGACAAGAACAUCAUAACUAAUUCAAGUCGUCCUAUUGCAUCUCAAUAUAGUAGCGACAAGGGCGAAUGUCUUCCAGAAGAUUCUUCAACUCCUUCAAUAUUAAGCCAAGCAAAGAAUAGUAUUACGACGGCUGAAAUAAAGUCAACUAACCUCGAGCCAGGGCUACAACAAGAUGCUGAGAAUGGAUUGUCAUUCCUCACUGCAUCAUUUUCUGAAGGAAGUUUUAAUGACCCCGACGUUUAUUCAAACGUCAAGCAUUUUAGAAGGCAAAUGGAAGUAUUUUUUAUCCCACAAAAAUCUGAAGGGGAGCGGAUGAUACAGAGUAAGAUGUUCUUGAUUCUAGUAUCCAUGAAUAUUUGUCGCUGACACUGACAUUGCAAAGUUUUCAUGGCAGGUAUUGAACGAGGCAAACCCUUUUUUACAAUGCCUCCACUUGAUAUUAUCCCAAAGCUUGCCUUUGAACCAAAGAUAAUAUCCGAAAGAGCCUGGCUCUUACUAUACAAUGCAUUCCUAUCGACCACAAUAGCUUUCAUGGAGCCAUCCAACGCAAGAGUUAAUCGAGGUCUUCAGUGGAACGUAUGGAUAAUUCUACAAGAUUCUUCAUUCUUUCUCGAACCAUCAGUGAUUAGUAUUCAAGCGCUAUUAAUGUUAUCCUGUCACUGUCAAGAUCUCGUCCCACCAGGAUUAUGUUGGACACUCAUAAGCCAUGCUUGUCGAAUGGCCCAGAGUCUCAAUCUUCAUGCUCCUUCCCCAAAAUUUCCAAGGAAAAGCAGAGAAAACGAUCAAAGAAACUGCCUAUUCUGGAACCUAUUUAUGAUUGAUAAAUCACUAUCGCUUGCUUUUGGGAGGCCUCCAUUUCUAUUGAGUCAGCUAUAUGAGGCGGUCGAUCCCCCGGACCCUGCAUUUCUUGCGACAUUCAGACCUCAUCGAUCAUCAACUCCAGGUAUUGGAAAUCUACAGCAAAAUCAGCUUAGCGAUGAUUUCGGCGCAUUAUAUUUUGGUCUGGCACGAGAGCUGUUCGUGUUGCAAGGAAAAAUAAUUGAUGUUGCUCUCAUGGUUCAUAAUGGAGAGUCUGGAACGGAGCAGAUUUCGAAGAUGAAAGAAAAUCUUGGAAUUUGGAAGGAAAGUUUGGAUCAUGUUUGUUUUUUUGCGCCAGGAUAAGGAAGACGCUUAAUUAACUUACAAAUACAGAAAACGUCGGUAUACAAAAAUUUCCAGGGAGAGCCUAGUGAAAUUAAGUCAGUAAAAAUGGGCAUCAACUUCCUCACAUUCCAAUAUCAUCACUCUGUUGUCUAUUUGACUCGUAGCUCCAAACAGAAUCAUGAAAUUUGCCUUUUUUCUGCGCGAGUAGCGAUCAAGAUACUGGAGAAACUCAUUUCUAGUUCCAUGGAAGUUUUUAAUGGUAUCACAUGGUAUGUAAUUAUCCAUUGUUUUGUGAUUGAUUUGCCCAGUUAUUUCGUAUUUUCAUUAAUCUGUCCCCGAGUACCAACUGUCAUUCCCUUUACUGCUCAGAUAUUCCUUUCCCGUUUUGUUAACAAACCAUAGGCAACUUCUCUAUUAUCCCUUCAUGCCUUACUUUGUUCUCUUCUCUAACAUAAUCGCCGACCCACAUUCGUCAACUUGUUUCGAUGACCUCCAAUUGCUUCGGAGGGUGGUAUACUAUUUCUUAAGGAUGCAUACCCAACAUCCAAGUGCCCAAAAGCUCGAACGUAUUGCGGAAACUUUUACUAGGUUAGCAGAAAGUUUUGUCAGAGGAAGUAUGAAUCGAAAAUCCUUGGAGAGCAGAUCACCAGAAGUACCAACUACGCCAUCUAUCCAACAGCUAACUAGAAGUUCACAAUUAACUUCUCAGCUUACAAGCGAAGUGGUCUCGCAAACUUCAAAUCAAUUUCGAACUUUUCCUUCCUACGAUAAUACACAGAGUGCAAACACUUACAACCAUGAUGCGGAAAUCGGGAUGAGAAACCUCUCUGGCGACCUUGCGGAUCCAACCUUACUCAGCUUCCUUUCUUAUCCGAUGGAUAUUCCCAUGUCGGGUAAUGAGCAUCCAGACGAUACAUCAGUGCGUGAAAUGCACUCGUUCGCCGGGCAAGCCGCAGCAGUAGCAGAUCCAUUAUUCAAUCAAUUAGAGUUUUUAUCUACCGAACAGUCUUUAGAUGGAAACUUCGACUGGUUUUCAUGGGAUAGUUAUGCAUGGAGUGCGGGGGGAAGCGGAAUUUGAUUUGACGCCGAGUAUAAUUACUUGGCGGUCAUCAGCGGAGUGAGUAUCAAUUGAGCUUAGAAAGCUAUUUGCUCAUUUACUUCACUUGGAGAAACACAAUCAACGUCAUGACUUCUAGUAUAUUGAUAAUUUCUAUAAUUCUGGUCUCUAUGAAACUGCCUAGAAGUUAUCAGCAUGUCAAUUAAAUUCUGUCCACGGAAUUCGAACUAGAUCAUAAAGUCAUUGGAAGGCCCAUUGAUUUGAGCAAUGUUCCACGAAAGCUGCCGUCUAUGUGUGGUUAUUGCUGUACUCUCUACACCGUCGGUCGUUACCCAUUCUCCGGAUUGAGGGAGACUUCCAUGGAUCUUUCUGCUUCUUCAUAUCAGUAAUAGCAAGAUUUAACUUUUUACAAGCAUUUGCCGAUUCAGCAGAUAGUAAGUAUACGGUUGCGUUUGAAGUUCCGAUGCAGUCGAUUCAGUGAAAGUUGCUAUUCCAU